UUCUUCUUUUUCUAUUUCACUCUCUCUCUCGUACCUCACCAAAAACACACAAAGAGCAAGAGCAAAAGAACGAAGUCACAAUGGCCACUUCCUUCUCCGCCGCGACGCCUUUUCUUUUCAUCCUCCUCCUCUCCGUCUCCUCCGUCUCCGUUCACGGCGCAUCUCACCACCACACGGCGGCUCCGGCUCCGGCGGUAGAGUGUUCGACUCUCAUACUCAACAUGGCGCCCUGUCUGGACUUCGUAACAGCCGGAGGCAAGGAGGCGAAACCGCAGAGUGCGUGUUGCGACGGGCUUAAGACAGUGCUCAAGGCUAACGCCGAGUGUCUAUGCGAGGGGUUUAAAAGCAGCGCUUCUUUCGGAGUAACCUUGAACAUGACCAAGGCUGCUACACUUCCCACCGCAUGCAAGCUUCACGCUCCUUCUAUUUCUAACUGUGGAUUGUCUGUGACUCCUGCUAUGGCUCCAGGUCUUGCUCCAGGAGGAGCUGUUGCUGCUGGACCCGGCGCAGCUGGGACAACCCUAGCUCCAAACCAAUCUCCAGGGAACGACGGAUCUUCCUUGAUUCCGAUCUCUUUCACCACCACCCUAUUCAGCGCUUUAUUCUUCGUAUUGUUCUUGUCUCGUGUGUAAAAAGAGCGUGAGCCUUUUCUCACCAUCUAUAGAUUUGGCUUUAUGGAUAUGCUUUAGGGUUUCUGCAGUAGUUUUACUCUCUUAAUUUAUGUUACUAUUCUGUCGCGCAUUUGGUCUUUUUAUAUUAAUGGUAUCUCUGAUUCCUCUUC